AUAUAAUUACGCCAUUGGUACUAUUAUAUAAAUUAUAUAUCACAAAUCUGACCAUCCCCAACCCAGGACAAGUUGUGAUCGCUCUUCGGCUUCCGCGCCACGUUCAAGCUGCAAACCCUGCAUGAUGCAUCUAACGUCUCAACAUGCUACCACCACCUUCCUUCUCAACUUCUCGAUAUGAACGGGCCAUAUCCUCUUCUCCGUCACAUAUGUCACAUUGAGUAUUAGACAGCGUCAGAUACCCGCACGCAAACAUGGGAGAUGGCCGGCCACGGCUGCCGGAAAAGCAAAAGGCCAUUCUUUGCCUGGACGUUUUCUUUCGACAACUCGACUCUCGCGGCGCGUGGAGAGUCCCCAAGCAUGGGCUGGUCCUCAUUGUGGCGGGCCCGCACAACAAUCAGUUCGUGGAUUCUCUCGUUCUCAUGCGCAUUCUCAAAUCCCAUGCAAACCGCCGAGUCUCAUUCUUGAUUGCCGAGAAAUCGAUGAAGGAGCCAUACAUCAGCACAACGGCUGGCGCGAUGGGAAGCUUGCCCGUUGUUCGUGGAAUGGACCGAGCCAAGGCAGGGGAAGGGACUAUCUACUUGCCCAACCCUGAGGAUCCGACCCUCGUCUAUGUGAUACCCCCCGGUGGUAGCAUCACAUUACCCAGAAUGGGCAAGGGGGCUUCAGCCACGCAAACCAUCGCGAGAAUCAUUGACGGAAAAAUCACGGGGUCAAACUUCAAGGUUGCUCCGCACAUCGACCAGAGCGGGAUGUUUGAAGCCGUUUUCCACGAACUCUUGUCCAAUGGUUGCGUAGGCAUCUUCCCGGAAGGAGGUACCCAUGAUCGUCCAAAUCUACUCCCAUUGAAGCCAGGAGCAGCUAUCAUCGCGUUGACACUUUUGGCACGAGAUUCUGACUGCGGACUCACCAUCAUCCCUUGUGGGAUGAAUUACUUCCACGCACACAAAUUUCGCUCCCGCGCUCUCGUCGAAUUUGGCCAUCCCAUAAAGGUGCACCCUGAUCAAAUCGAGGCGUACAGAUGCGGUGGAAAUGAGAAACGCAAUGCUGUAGGCUCACUUCUCGAGACGAUACAUGACGGACUCGCCUCCGUCACUCAACUCAGUCCAGACUAUGAAACACUCCAACUCAUCCAAGCUUCGAGAAGACUAUACAUGUCUGCAAACAAGAAAAUGCCGCUAUCGCUUGUUAUUGACUUUAAUCGACGUCUUCUCCAAGGAUACUCACGAUACCAGAAUGAUAUAAGAGUGGUCAACGUGAAGAAAUCGGUCCUCGACUACAAUAGACGUUUGCGAGCUCUAGGAAUCAAGGACCACCAGGUUGAAUGGGGCGACGUGAAACACAGACCCUGGUGGCUGAUACUACUCAUCCUCGUCUCCCGCAUUUCUGGACUCGCCCUUCUGGCUAUUGGCACUCUGCCUGGACUCUUCUUAUUCUGGCCAGUCUUUGUCACCACAAAAGCCAUAUCGGUACAGAAGCAACGAAAGGCCUUGGCUGCUUCUGAAGUUAAGAUUCAGGCCCGUGAUAUUGUUAGCACAUGGAAAAUCCUCGUUGCGAUGGGACUGGCACCAUCGCUGUACGUAUGGUAUACGGCCAUCGUAACUACCUGGCUAUACCACAACCGUCAUGACGGCUUUUAUACAAAUUAUCUUCCACGCAGGAUGAACGCCAGCCUAUACGUUCCAAAAUAUGUUCCCUUAUGGAUGUUCAUGGUUUGCCUUUUCGCUCUGAUGAUUAUUCUUACUUUCGCGGCACUCCGCACUGGUGAGAUUGGAAUGGAUGUGAUCAAAUCAUUACCACCCUUGUUAGUGGUUUUGGAUCCCCAAUCGGCCAGCUCGCUUCUUAAGCUUCGAGAGCAUCGCCAAGCGCUUUCGGGGCAAGUCACCGACUUGAUCAGCAAGCUGGGGCCAGAAGUUUUCCCAGAUUUCGAUCCUGAGCGCGUAGCUGAGGAUAUAUCUCUGACCGACAUCUCCCAAUCUCGUCUCAAAAGCAUGCCUCCAAGCAGGCCCGGAAGUCGCGGUCGCAGUCAGGUGUCUUCGCCAGGCAUUGGAUCUUUAUCUCACAGCACCUCUAUUCAGCCACUCAGCCCACUCGAGCACCAUGACUCGUUAAUGGAGGUGAACAAGAAGAUCAGGGAAGAUCAGGGAUGCUAUGCAGAAACGAGGUCGUGAGAGAAUAAAGUCACGGCUUGAUGAUGACUACAGUGAUGAGGGUAUUUAGCGCAUCGCUCGACUCAAGACACAGCGCUCUGGGGGCCUGAAACUCCUUGGGAUGCAAUGCGAUAUCGGGCUAACUUCACACACUACGGCCCCGAAAUCAUUUACGCUUUUGAC